AUCUCUUAUUGGGGGUAUUGAGAGGAAACGCACAGAAACUUGAGAAUUGACCACAAAGUCCUUAUCCCAAUCUCUCCAGAAACCCUAAACAAAAAGUCUAGUUCGCACUACGAAUGCGAGCGCCUUGCGUGGCUGUACUACUCACCAAAGCGGAAAAAGGGAAAGACCGAAGAGGAGGAAUAAAAUAGGAAAACCCAAACAAAAAUGAGCAGCUUGGCCUUGUCUUCUCUCAAACUUCCGACGGUGCUUUUGCUCUCUCCGCCUCCACCCGCCAAGCUCAUUCACCUCUCUUCUUUCUCCUCGUUUCUUCUCAAUACCCGUGUUCCCCAAGCAACAUCUAGGGAAUUUUUCAGUGUGGUAAAAGUAUCUUCAAGGCCAAUAUCAACCAUGGCAACUGAUAAAGAAAUUGUAGGGAGUGUUAAGGAGCAAUUAGCAAAGCUAUUUGAGGAAUCACUUAGGGCAGCAUUCCCUGAUAUUGAAGACGUGCAGCCUAUGAUUGCUAUUUGCAACGAUUCAAGACACGGUGACUACCAGUGCAACAAUGCGAUGAGCUUGUGGAAUAAGAUUAAAGGCCAAGGUACGCAGUUCAGGGGUCCUCAACCUGUUGGAAAGGCUAUUAUAGAUAAUCUUCCUGCAUCAGAAAUGAUUGAGAGAUGCUCUACAGCAGGACCUGGUUUUAUUAAUGUUGUAUUAAAAAAGCAAUGGAUAGCAAAGAGCAUUGAGAAGAUGCUAAUAGACGGUAUUGAAACAUGGGCACCAAAGCUUCCUGUCAAAAGGACAGUUGUUGAUUUUUCAUCUCCAAACAUAGCAAAGGAGAUGCAUGUUGGUCAUUUGAGAUCUACUAUUAUUGGAGACACUUUGGCCCGAAUGCUGGAGUUUUCUAAUGUUGAAGUUCUUCGGAGAAACCAUGUGGGUGACUGGGGAACACAGUUUGGAAUGUUAAUUGAGUACCUCUUUGACAAAAUUCCUAACUGGGAAGCUGCUAGUGCCCAAGCCAUUGGAGAUUUGCAGGCAUUCUAUAAGGCCUCAAAACAAAGAUUUGACAAUGAUCCAGAUUUCAAGGAGAGGGCACAAAAGGCUGUUGUUAGUCUACAGGGAGGGGAGGAGAAGUACAGGAAGGCAUGGACACAGAUUUGUGAAAUUAGCAGAGAAGAAUUUCAAAGGGUUUACGAAAGACUUGGAGUUCACUUAGAGGAAAAGGGUGAAAGCUUUUACAAUCCGUACAUUCCCAAGGCGUUAGAUUUGCUUAACAAUAAGGGAUUGAUUCAAGAAAGCGAAGGAGCUCGUGUUAUCUUUAUUGAAGGGAAAAAAAUACCUCUUAUCGUUGUUAAGAGGGAUGGUGGUUUCAACUAUGCUUCAACUGAUCUUACUGCACUAUGGUAUCGGCUUAAUGAAGAGAAAGCAGACUGGAUGAUAUAUGUGACUGAUGUUGGCCAGCGAGAGCACUUUGAAAUGGUCUUUGCUGCUGCAAAACUUGCAGGCUGGCUUCCCCUAAACGAGAAUGACUUUCCCAAGGCCAGUCAUGUAGGAUUUGGUCUAGUUUUAGGAGAUGAUGGCAAACGAUUUCGUACUCGGAGUACUGAGGUGGUUAAGCUAGUUGAUUUACUUGAUGAGGCCAAGAGCCGGUGUAAAUUAGCACUUGAAGAACGAGGUAAGGCAACAGAAUGGACAGCUGAGGAACUGGAGCAAACUGCUGAAGCAGUUGGAUAUGGUGCUGUGAAAUAUGCAGACUUGAAGAACAACAGAUUGACCAACUACACAUUUAAUUUUGAUCAGAUGCUUAGUGAUAAGGGAAAUACGGCUGUGUAUUUGCUGUAUGCACAUGCCCGAAUUUGUUCGAUCAUCAGAAAGUCUGGUAGAGAUAUAGAGGAGUUAAAGAAGGUAGGAGGUAUAGUAUUGGCUCAUCCAGAUGAACGUGCGUUAGGCCUUCAUUUGCUCCAGUUUGCUGAGAUCGUUGAGGAGGCUUGUAUCAAUCUUUUGCCAAACCUUUUGUGUGAAUAUCUUUACAAAUUGUCUGAAGACUUCACAAAAUUUUACACCAAUUGUCAGGUGGUUGGUUCAACGGAGGAAACAAGCAGGCUUCUGCUGUGUGAGGCAACAGCUGUUGUGAUGAGAAAGUGUUUCCAUCUGUUGGGUAUCACCCCUGUUUAUAAAAUUUGAAAUGUUAAAAAGAUUUUGUACUCUUCUUUCUUUCUUUCUUUUUCUCUUCUAGGUUUUGGCCAAGAUUUCCGCCUAUCCUGCCCAAUGUGUACCCGACUUUGCAGUUUAAUAGUCUAUUGAUAUCCAAAAUCAGUUGGUUAUGUUAUCUGAGGGGCAGUACUUGUGUUUACUUCCUCA